CUCUCCCUUUCGAUGUCAAAUAUUCACUAUUGAAUAUUGAUAAACACUGACCACAUAUCUUUAUAAUUGACUCAGUGUGUGUGUGAGAGAGUUGUAUAAUUGACAUGUCUUUAUAUUGUUCAAGUUUGGGUACAAAAAUCCCACGUAUCUUAGGACAUGGGAGGAGAUACGAUGAUGCCUUCUUCACACCCACCCAUGUUGUAGAACCACCUGCACGAGGUUCUUGCUUCACCUCACUCCACUAUAAAGCACCCACAAGGCACAUUGGUUUUGUAUCAAAAUUCGACCAAACUUGUUCUUCUCCUGUGAUGGAGUACGACCAGAAAAAGUUGGGUCUUUUUUCUCAACCAGAGGACUAUUCCAAGGAAUUGGAUGUUGCUGUCAGAGCGGUUCAGAUGGCAUGCUCUCUCUGCCAGAGAGUUCAGGACACUUUGAUUUCCAACACUAGGACCAAUCAUCAGGUCCACUCCAAGGAUGAUAAUUCUCCGGUUACAGUUGCAGAUUGGAGUGUUCAAGCAAUUGUCAGCUGGAUAUUGUCCGAGUGUUUAGGGAGUGAAAAUAUUUCAAUUGUAGCUGAAGAAGAUGUUCAAACUCUCUCCAAGGAUAAUGCAUCUGGACUGUUAGAAGCUGUGGUUGAAACUGUGAAUGAAUGUCUAGCCGAAGCACCUCGAUUUGGAGUUCAGAAGCCACAAUCUGCCCUUGGGACAUCCGAAGUUCUUGAAAUGAUUAGUCGCUGUAACUCAAAUGGGGGUCCCACUGGAAGAUUUUGGGUACUGGAUCCUGUUGAUGGCACAUUGGGGUUUGUACGUGGAGAUCAAUAUGCUGUAGCUCUAGCACUCAUAGAGGAUGGAGAAGUGGUGCUUGGUGUUCUUGGGUGUCCUAACUACCCAAUGAGGAAGGAAUGGUUGAGUUAUCAUCACCGCUAUCAUAGGAUUAUAUCCAAGUUGACUCCUUCAACUUCUGAAACUUGGAAUAAAGGUUGUGUGCUAUAUGCUAGAAGGGGCAGUGGUAAGGCUUGGAUGCAACCACUGCUCCAUGUCAAUAAGCAGUUUGUGUGGCCAAACCAUGCAAAACAAGUUUCUGUCUCUUCCAUUGACAAUCCAGCAUUGGCCACUUUUUGUGAACCAGUUGAGAAGGCCAAUUCAAGCCAUUCUUUUACUGCAGGACUGGCUCACAGUGUUGGUCUCAGGAAACAACCACUAAGAGUAUACAGCAUGGUGAAAUAUGCAACCAUAGCUCGUGGGGAUGCUGAGGUUUUCAUGAAGUUUGCGAGGGCUGGUUACAAGGAGAAAAUCUGGGAUCAUGCUGCAGGCGUUAUCAUCAUACAGGAAGCUGGUGGGGUGGUAACAGAUGCUGGAGGACGUCCCCUAGACUUCUCAAAAGGCUUAUAUUUAGAAGGCCUUGAUCGUGGUAUAGUUGCUUGUGCUGGAGCCACACUACAUGGAAAAAUCAUCGAUGCCGUUGAUGCCAGCUGGGGCUCUUCUAGCCUUUGAGGCUGUUUCUAUUGACGUAAAUGUAUACACAUCAAAUAAUGUGAAUAAUAUUUCAUCUUUUAUUUUUCUGUUUUACAUAAUAUCUUAGAAAUCCCCCUGCUUCACCUUCAGUUACCAGCUUGUUAGCCUGCAAUUAUCAUUGUUUGGCAUUAGAAUAAUACUACCAACUUGUCAUAACUUCUUA